AUGCAGCGUGGAAAGCCGCUGAAAAGAGCAGCAAGAGAGAGGAAAAAAAAAAAAGAGUGUGGAGAUGAAGGAAAAAAUUGGCUUGCCUGGGGCAAAUGUUAUGCGCCAGGAAGUGAAAAUACCUCACAGAUGAGUUUGGAAAGCAUGGGAAAUCAAUUCCAACAAAGUUUCUUAUGCUCAACAAAUACAUAUCCUGUGAAGAUUUCGAAAGGAGGGUGAGGUUCACCCAAUUGUUUGCACAACUGAACAGAGUUGAUGCAAAGAGAGUAAGAUGGUUUUUGACCAUGGGUGAACAGAGAGAACAUAACUCAAGGACUGUUGUGUCAGAUCAUGCAUUCAGACUGAGAAAACUAGUUGCGGCUGCUCCUAGAUCUUCACAGGCGAUACGAACUUAUAAAAGUCAGAACAUGUGAAGCUUACAUGAUGAAUCGAGUCUUGCCGUCACCCGCUCCAAUCUACUGUUUUUGUUUUAUUUAUUUAUUUAUUUAUUUAUCCCGCAGUGUCAAGUGACGACGAAGUAGACUACUCGAUCAAGCCAGAGUUUUACGAUUCUGAUCUAGACGAAAAGGAUGAGAAAUGGGUCCAGCAGAGAAGGAAAGGCCGCACCUCCGAUGCUCUCCUCAGUUGCCCUGCUUGCUUCACCACCCUGUGCUUGGAUUGCCAGAGGUACUCCUCCCCCUCUCUCUUCCCAUCUUUAUCAUCAGAAAUGAAUCACGCGUCUCUCCACGUAUUCCCAUAAUGUUUUUCAUAUUUUAUCUUCCUCUGCGGCACCUUUCACUCAGAUUAAUUGAAACUUUUCCAUAAAAUCUGGAAUGUUCCUGUGAUUUCCUUUCUAGGAAAAUCAUAGUUUGCAGUAAUUGUCGAAAAAUCUGAGGUGGGUUUCCAAAAUAAUGGGGGAAAUUUUUUGGAAGAUUUUCUGAUUGCCUUCCAAAUUUUCUGGAGGCACGAGAAGUACGUGACCCAGUACAGGGCGAUGUUCGUGCUCAACUGUGAGGUCAAGAUGAAUGAGGUCCUGAGGCAGGGAGCCAGGAGGCAGAUGAGGCCGAGAUCCCGCGGAGCCAGAGACGGCGACCCCGAGAAUCCCGGAGGCGGCGGCGAGAUCUUCCGGCCGGUUUGCUGCUCGGUGUGCUCCACCGAAGUCGGAGUUCUCGACGGCGACCAGGUUUAUCACCUCUUCAACGUACUCCCCAGUUACUCCUGA